CGGCGCUGCGCAUGCGCAUGCGCGGGUGCAUCCGGUUCGGUCUCAGCGUGGCUGGCCAUGGCGACCCAUGGCCGGGGCUGCUUUCUCCUGCUGCUGUGCCUCGGCGGCGCCCUCUCCGCCCCGGAGCUCCUCAACGAGGACGUCAAGCGCACCGUGGACCUGGGGACGCACCUGGCCAAAGUCACCACCGAGCUGAGCCUGGCCAACCCCGCCGCGGGGGGCUCCGGGGCCGCCUCCUCCUUCCUCCUGGCCCUGGACCCCGGCCUCGAGGGCCACUUGGCCUACCUGGCCGUGCAGGUGAAGGGUGAGGAAGAGGAAGAGAAUGCUUUGGAAGUGAAGGAUGCAAAGGGAAAGGGGAUAAGUGGCAGAUUCUUCACUGUAAAAUUGCCAUCUCCUUUGGCUCCAGGUGCAAAGAUUCGCUUAUCUAUUGAAACAGUUUUUACCCAUGUCCUACAGCCAUACCCAACGCAUAUCACCCAGGCUGAGAAGCAGUUUGUUGUUUUUGAGGGUAAUCAUUACUUUUACUCUCCAUAUCCAACCAAGACCCAAACAACCCGAGUAAAACUAGCCUCGAGAAAUGUGGAAAGCUACACCAAACUAGGCAAUCCCAGCCGGUCAGAGGACAUGAUUGAAUAUGGACCUUUCAAGGAUAUCCCACCAUACAGUGAGGAUCUACUUAAAGUGCACUAUGAAAAUAAUAGUCCAUUCCUGACUAUUACUAGCAUGACACGUGUCAUUGAAGUUUCUCACUGGGGUAAUAUUGCAGUAGAAGAAACUAUUGACUUGAAGCAUACAGGAGCUGUGCUCAGAGGGCCUUUCUCCAGAUAUGACUAUCAAAGACAGCCAGAUAGUGGAAUAUCCUCUGUGAAAUCUUUUAAGACUAUCCUACCUGCUGCUGCGCAAGAUGUGUACUACAGAGAUGAAAUUGGCAACAUAUCCACCAGUCACCUUCUCAUCUUAGAUGACUCUGUGGAAAUGGAGAUUCGCCCCCGUUUCCCCCUUUUUGGUGGUUGGAAGACACACUAUAUUAUUGGUUAUAACCUGCCUAGCUAUGAAUAUCUUUUUAAUCUUGGCGAUCAGUAUGCCUUGAAGAUGAGAUUUGUUGAUCAUGUGUUCGACGAACAAGUUACAGACUCACUAACAGUAAAGAUAAUCCUUCCAGAAGGUGCCAAGAAUAUCCAUGUCGACAGUCCAUAUGAAAUCACUCGGGCUGCUGAUGAGCUUCACUAUACUUACUUGGACACAUUUGGUCGUCCAGUAAUUGUGGCACACAAGAACAACCUUGUUGAGCAGCACAUCCAAGAUAUUGUGGUCCAUUAUUCCUUUAACAAGGUCCUGAUGUUGCAAGAACCUCUGCUGGUUGUCGGAGCAUUCUACAUCCUAUUUUUUACUGUAAUUCUCUAUGUGAGGCUGGACUUCUCUAUCACUAAGGAUCCAGCAGCUGAAGCUAGGAUGAAAGUUGCCUGCAUUACAGAGCAGGUUCUCACUGGAGUAAAUAAGAGACUAUGUCUGUACCGUCUUUUUGAUGAAGCUGUGAAUAAGUACAAGCAGACACGGGAUAUUUCCACUCUAAACAGUGGCAAAAAGUCUCUGGAGUCUGAACAUAAGGCCUUAACCAAUGAAAUAGCCUCAUUGCAAUCUAAGCUGAAGACAGAAGGGUCUGAUCUGUGUGACAAAGUGAGUGAAAUUCAGAAACUUGAUAGUCAAGUCAAGGAGCUGGUUUUAAAAUCUUCUGUGGAGGCGGAACGGUUGGUUGUCGGCAAGCUUAAGAAGGAUACAUACAUAGAGAAUGAGAAGAUCCAUUCUCAGAAGCGUCAGGAGCUGAUCGGCAAAAUUGACAACAUACUUGAUGCCCUAUAAGCAAAAAGUCAAAAGGUGGAUGGAAAAGGGGGAAAGGUGUUUGAAUGGACAUCAUGAGGCACACUAAAUUGGGAGUUGGGGUGGGGAAAUGCGUUUGGCUUAGAGAAUUGGAACAAGAAAGAAUUUAUUUGAAGCUGCCUUCAAAAUUUAGCAUUAAUUAUUUAAGGGCCUGUUUGCUCUCUGACACCUGCAGUUUGGAAAAAGUGUGUUAUACUGUGCUCUGGAUUUACUAUAACAGUGGCCCUUGCAUGAAGGUUGAAGGGUUAAUAACCUGACUUCAAAAUAUUUUGAAAAGUGUCAGAAUGUUUCAGAAUAAAUAUCUGGUUAUGUUCAAAGGUACAUUGGUAAUUGCUUCUUGUUGCCCACCACCUUUGAAUUUAUACUUACAUAUUUUGGAGAUGGUGAGUGAAUAAGUAACUUGAACAAAGGAUUUUUUUUUACUAUUUGUCACACAGAUUGAGUUUCUUAUACCUGAAUUUUCUGAGCCUGUUGAAAUUACAGCUACAGGUAGAAUCCAGUGCAAGUGAACAGAGAGAGAGAGAGAGAGAGAUUCAUUUGCUUAUAAGCCUGUGCUUUUCUUCAGAUUUUUUUUUAUUUGGGGAAGUAAAACCCCAAAAAACUUUGUCGGAAAGCUCAAACUGAAAUAAAGGCUUAUGGAUAUUC